UCCUCCUCCAGGACACGUUCUGGGGAGAUACACACAGUGCACGCUACACACAGAGACAUGGGCCAGGCCCGGGACAGCUAGACCGCAGGGAGACCCCCAAACACCGAGAGCGACUGCCGCAGGGACAGAUCCCCAGAGAGGCCGCCAGGAGGGAAUCCCCGGCCAGACACAGCCCGUGCUCCCGGCAGUCACAUACAGAGAGAUGGGGCCACACAGCCAGCCUGGGAGCCCCGCACUGUGAGAGCCGCACACCCGGGACACACCAUCCACACGGAGAGCCAGCACAGCCCGCACACUGCCAGGCCGCUCCGGACGGACUUACCGACCCAACAUGUUCGCCAAAGGGAAAGGCUCCGCGGUGCCAUCGGACGGGCAAGCCCGGGAGAAACUCGCUCUUUAUGUCUAUGAAUAUUUGCUUCACGUUGGCGCUCAGAAAUCAGCACAGACGUUUUUGUCAGAGAUACGAUGGGAAAAGAACAUUACUCUGGGAGAGCCGCCUGGUUUCUUACACUCGUGGUGGUGCGUGUUCUGGGACCUCUAUUGUGCUGCUCCAGAGAGACGAGAUACCUGUGAACAUUCUAGUGAAGCCAAAGCCUUCCAUGAUUAUAGUGCAGCGGCAGCUCCUAGCCCGGUACUUGGAAACAUUCCUCCAAACGAUGGAAUGCCAGGAGGACCAAUCCCACCGCCAUUUUUCCCGCAGGGACCCCCAGGAUCUCAGCCAUCGCCCCAUUCACAGCCGCCUCCUCACAAUCCAAACAUGAUGGGACCUCAUAGUCAGCCAUUUAUGUCUCCUCGAUAUGCUGGAGGGCCAAGGCCGCACAUACGGAUGGGAAAUCAGCCUCCCGGAGGAGUUCCAGGAUCACAGCCAUUGUUACCAAACUCAAUGGAUCCAACAAGACAAGGACAUCCUGGUAUGGGAGGCCCCAUGCAAAGAAUGAAUCCCCCAAGAGCAAUGGGCCCUAUAGGCCCCGGUCCCCAGUCUGAUCCUUGGUUAUCGUUGCAGAACUAUGGAAGUGGGAUGAGACCACCACCCAACUCAAUAGGUCCAGGAAUGAACAUGGGUCCUGGAGCAGGCAGGCCGUGGCCAAAUCCCAACAAUGCUAACUCGAUUUCCUAUUCCUCAUCUUCGCCAGGCACAUAUGUGGGGCCCCCUGGUGGCGGAGGACCCCCAGGAACGCCAAUCAUGCCCAGUCCUGCAGAGUCAACAAAUUCGGGUGACAAUAUCUACACUAUGAUAAAUCCCGGACCACCUGCAGGAAAUCGUUCCAAUUUUCAGAUGGGACCGGGAUCGGAUGGCCCAAUGGGGGGCAUGGGUGGAAUGGAGCCUCAUCAUAUGAAUGGAUCGUUAGGGUCAGGCGACAUGGAUGGACUUCCUAAGAACUCUCCAAACAACAUUAGUGGCAUUAGCAACCCCCCAGGAACACCUAGAGAUGAUGGUGAAUUAGGAGGGAACUUUCUUCAUUCCUUCCAGAAUGACAAUUCCCAGUGGUAGCAGGCAAAGAUUAAGAGGGGGGAAGAAUGUUUAAUUAACUCAGUCAUUAUUCGCCCAGCAUGACAAUGAGCGUGUGACCCAGUCUCUUCACCUAGAGACCACACUCAACUCAGCUGCUGCUUUGAAGGUCACAGCAAAUAAGGAGGAUGAUUUGCCGUUGCAGAGGUGCAUGGGACAGCCCCCACCCCCACCCCACCCCGCUCCCCUGCUUUUUGGUUUCAUGCAAUAAAAAGGGGAAACUUUUUAUUCCAUCAAACAAGAAUGACAAAAGGUCAAGACGACGAGGCAAUCCUUCCUCAAGGAUUUAAACUUGUGCACAGAACUUUUUACUUCCCCUUUUGUCAAAUUUUUUUCCCCUUCCACUAUUCCCCUUUUGCAACAGAAUGAAACUUCGAAUAACGGAUCUGAUUGCUGUGUCCUUUUUUCAAUGUUUCUAUGUCUGUGACGUGAUAUUCAAGCAAGAAUAGCUGAUAUAGGAAAAUUGUGUCUCUAGUCCUUAUUUUUUUUUCUUUUUCUCCAAAUUAACUGAGAUUUUCAGUUGCCCUUCUCCCUCCAAAGAGUUCUUUUGCGCAGUUCAAGACGUGCUCCGAAAAAAAAAUGCAGUCGUAUUUCUACAAUGUGCAGAGAGACUCUUAUUUGAACUGUACAGACUGAAAGACUGCUCUCUUUACCUCAUGGAAGACAAGACUUGAUAUUCUGGUUAAACACCUAAGAUUUAUUUUUUUCCCCCCACCUUUUACUCUACCCCACAAAAACAACAAUUUUAAGUAACUUAAAAUUCCCAAGAGUGGAAGUUCUCAUCAUGUGAAACCAAUGCCUUCCCGUAGGACUGUGCAGUCUAUGAUUUUAGAACUGAAUGGCAAUAUAUAUUUUUAACCGGAAUUAAAACACAUGUUUUAUUCUGUAUGAUCUUGGCUCUAAGAAUGGAUUUUUUUUUUUUUACGAUGCCCAUAAGGAUAUGGGCUCCAAGAACCUCGUUUACAGUCCUGCAAAGUCCUUACUCUGAGUUACCACUGUUUUGUUUCCUAUAACAAAAUCAGGCAAUAGACAACACUGUAAUUUGUAAUUAUUAUUUUUAUUUUUCUUCAAUAAUUCCGCCUGGGUCUAAAUGAAAUGUGUUACCUAAACUUUAAGUUUCACUCAAAAUUUGAAUAAAAGGGACAUUUUUUUCCUGCACCCAUUUUGGGCUAGGUUUGUAUGGGAGUUCGCUGAUUUACAAAUUGCAAGGACAUUUUUAUUUUAUUUUUCUUCUUUUUAUUUUUAAAGACGUAAUAACUUUAUUAAUGUUGCCUGAUUUGGGGCAUUAUUAUUGUGCUUUAUUUGUCAAGAUUUAGCUGGAAAGAGGGAAAAACACAAUUCCUCUCAGGACAAUGUUACAGAAGAAAUUCAGUAUGUAUUUGAAAAGGGAUAGUUAAAUUAUUGUCUCUUAUUACGGGACAGCCUGGUCGAAAUGGUUCAUAUUUUUUUUUCUCCCUCCAUGCUGUAAUAAAUUUAAUAAAUUUAAACACUCUGAUUUACA